GAUGACAGUUUGACAGAAUCACAGAUUAACUAACAAAGAAAUCUGUUUAUUUUUUAAAAUUCAAACAUCAACAGACGUUAGACGUUGACCAAUUUUUGAGAAAAUAAAAUUGUUCCUCAUCUUAUUUGUUUAGUUUUAUUAGAGUGUUUAUUUAUUUUGUUCUUCAAAAUGUUGCCCAGCCGCUUUGCGCCGCCGGGACAGUCGUCCGCCAUGAGAAAAUCCAGGCUGGAAGGCAAGCAGUCGUUCCUGCCGAAGCCCCGGCACGCGGGCUCCAUCGACCGGCUCUCCGCGGAGAUGCGGCGGCCGAGCGGCGUGCGCUCCAGCAGCGCCGAGCCCCCGCGCGCCACCAUCGGGGGCCGGCUGAGUCGAGAGGCGUCUGCUACCAAGAUUCCAUUGAAUAGAAGGUCCCGUUCGCAACAAGGGGAACAGUCAAGGUACGGCCCUGGAGGCCCCAUCACUCCCCUCAGGACCAACAAGUACUCGCGAGCCACCACCACACCAACGAGGACUCCAUCUGAAGACCGCUCCAACCGCAACUGGCAGACGUCGCUGGACCGCGCGCUCGCCUUCGUCACCAUCAAGGAUCAGAGGCCUAUCUCCAACCCGGCCUGGCAGCGCUCAGAGUGCUCGCGCGUGGGCGGCGCCCUGGCGGAGCGCGGGGCGGGCGGCGCCCUAGUCCGCCCACUCACCAUUGCGCGCUUCGUGCAGCUGUCACAAAGUCUGCUCGCCGUGUUGAUCAGGGAUGCGAAGUUGAAUAACGAUAACUAUGUUACAAAGGUGCCUCACAUAGCGAAGCUGGUCCUCUACCCCGGAGUAGUGUCCAAGUCGUGGCUGAAGACGGUGAACACGCUGCACGCCUUCCCGCACGCGCUCGCCUUCCUCGCCUACCUGCUGGACCUGGUGCAGCGCGUCGAGGCGCCGGUGGUGGACGAGUGGCUGUACGUGGACAAGGACGAGCUCGCCGUCCUGCGCAGGGAUUACCUCUACAAGUCCUGGAUCAGGUUCCAGGACCCCGAGCACGAGUUCAGUGACCUGGACGAGGAGUACCUGCGGCGGCUGCGCGCGCUGCUCGGGGAUGAUGAAGACAGGAUCCGGGAGCUGGAGGAAGUUAUUAAAAAAUACACGCUCUGCCUCGAGGACGAGGCCGAGGCAGCGGCGCGGGCAGCAGAGGCGUCCCGCGUCGACCGCCGCGCCGCAUUACUGGCGUCUCUGCGGGCGGAGCGGGGGGCGCGGGCGGGGGCGCGGGCGCGGGCGGACGCGGCGGCGGCGGCGGCGAGCGACAAGGCGGGCGUGCUGGCGGAGCUGGAGGCCGAGAUUGAACGAGCCAACGCGGAAAGCCAGCAGCUCCGUCGCGACGUGGAGUCCCAGCCCAUGUCCGUGGCGGAGCGCGCCCGGCUACUGGACGACAUCGACUACGCGACCCGCGUGCAGGCCUCCAAGCGAGCCCUGGCCGAGCAGAUCACCAAGAUGCUGUACACCAAAGAGUCUGAGCUGGCGCUCUGGCAGAAGAAGUCGCUGGACAGUUGCAUGCAGUACAACGAGGCGCUCAUCCAGCUGUCGGCGCAGUUCCCGCACCUGGCCGCCAGGGCUGUGGACGAGAAAGAGCUGAUGGGCACGGACUGUGCGGAGGCGGUCGGUGGCGCCGUCGACGUUCUGCGAACCCAGGUGCAGUCUCUGAGCGAGCAGCUGACGGCCGCGGAGCGCAAGCGGAGCGCGACCACGAGGCACCGCAAGCAACUGCUUAAGGACACUCGCGCCCAACUGACCGAGCUGACCAGCGAGCUGUCCCAGCAGCGCGACUGCCUGUCCCGCGAGGAGGCGGCGUUCAGCAGCGCGGCGGCGGCUCACAGCGCGCUGCUGACGCGCUGCGGGGCGCGGCUGGACGCGCUGGCGGCGGCGGCGGGCGCGGGCGGCGUGGAGGCCGAGCUGCAGGCGUGGCGGCACCAGGAGGAACUAUGGACCACAAAGCUGUCCUCCCUCCGUGACUACAUAAAGGAGACCCGAGCCGAGGCCGCCCGCGCGCUCGAGGCCGCCAAGCAGAAGCGAGCCAAGCUGGUCUGUGACUCCAUCACGAGGAUCAACAACGCACUGGACCAAGCCACUAAGAAGGCCUCUGACCAGUGAAGAUUUGGGGGGUUUGGAGCUUUUGUACCUUGGAAAACUAAAGCCGAAAGUCCACAGUCGGCUAAACUAAGUUAGUUUAGCUCGCAUAGUUGAGCCAGUUUUUCCUACAUAGUGCAUAGUUUGCGGUGGACGUUCG